CCCCAUGCCUUCCCACAUCCGGGUUUUUCUCACUCGUGCUGGCUUGCAAGCAUGGAGCUCCACGGCGAGCGCGCGGCUGCUCCCGGUGUUUCUUCGUCUUCUGUAGACUGCUCGCGGGUCACGGUGUCCAGGGAGCUGCUGACGGCGGGGAGCGAGGGUUCGGGAGGUAUCUUGGACCAGUUGCUCAUCAGCUCUAAGCCUCAUCCUAGAAAGACCUCUACACUUCAAACAGUUCGGAUGCAGAGGAGCCCCUUGUUAGACCAGGUUCAGGCGUUCCUCCCACGAAUGGCCCAGGCCAAUGAGAAGCUGCGGAAGGAGAUGGCGGCUGCUCCAGCUGGCCGCUUCAACAUUGAAAACAUUGAUGUGACGUCUGGAAACAUUGUACAGAUGGAUGUGGCCUUAUUUGAAAUGAAUCAGUCAGAUUCAAAAGAGGAGGAUAGUCCAGAAGAGAGCUCACCGGACAGUUCUGGGGACAGCUCGGAGUCAGAAGAUGAUGACUGCAUUCCCUCUGAAGUCACCAUUGAGAACUUUAAGCUUCCGAACGCAGAAGGUGGCAAAGGCAAGAUUGAAGUUUUGGACAGUCCGGCAAGUAAAAAAAAGAAGCACUGAAAUUAAGCACAUGGAAGGAGCUGGUGCUCCCCACCCGGGGGUGUGGGGAGUGUGGGAGUGUGGGGAGGGGGUCCUGGUUUGACUGGCUUUAAUCCUUACAUGUCAAAAAGAAAAACUUACGAAGCCAGGUGAAUUUUACAUAGAAAGUGCUCAGAGCUUGGCUGUAGGGAGGGCAGCGCCCUUGGUCAGAGAAGGGAAAUGAGAAAGAAAUGACAAGAUUGGUUCAUGCAGACAUGAGCUCUUGCGUGUGGGCUGUAACCCUUAACUCAUCUACGCCGAAAUGGGGCUAUUGGUUCCAAGAUCCCCAUGCCAGCUUUGGAUUUUGGUGUGUUCCAUAUCAAGGCAAGUCGCAGUUUGUUAUGCAGGAACUGGGUACUAGAGACAAGCCCAGGAUGACAGCCCCCUGCCAUUUUAGGUGUGACGGUGCCUAUAUCUAGUUCAGGAAAACCCAAGCUGCCUUUUAAAGGUUUGACAUCUGUUAGAGCAUAUUGAUCUUUGCUCCUUCUGUAAAGAGAGUUUACAAACACUGUGCUAAAUCCC